CUUUAUUAUGCUUGUCACGUCAUUUCUAUGUGACGAGAAACGAAGUUUUGCGUUUUUCAUCCUUUACACGGUGGCGCGACAGUGGAGCGUUUUCAAGAAUUCCACUCUGGAGGGUGGUUUCACUUUCUUGCGUUUUCAUCCCCCCAAAACGCCGUUUCCAUCUAAACGAUAUAGUGCAUCCGCAAAAAUGUUUUGCGUUUUUAAGCCGUUUUCGUUUCCGUGUAAAGCCACCCUAAGUCUUUCAUAAAUUACAUAAUUACACUGUAGUUGUGUAUAUGUUAUGACAAUAAACCUUUGAAUCAUAAACAAAAUCUGAGAGGUGUCGAGGAGGUGCAAACUGGGAAUUGAGAAAGGGCUUGGUAUGCAUGUCAUCUUGCACAACAAUCGGUUAAUACUCUUCAAUGGUGAGUGUGUGUAAGAACUGCAGAGGAAAACUAAUGUUUGUACUCACUCAGCCAGCAAGGAUUUCCUGUUUCCAAGACCACUCAGUUCCUAAAACAACAUGCAGGCAGCAGUUACUAACUUUAUUUUGAAAUGGGUGGAAUCAUGUGACACAUCAAACAGUGACAUGGAAAAACAAACAGAUUGUAAAACAAAUCAGGUUUCAAUAAGGCAUGUGAUGACCUGUUCAGGGUCUACAAACAGAGGUUAGAUCUGCUAAUAAGAGUGUGUGCAUGCAUGUAUGGAAUUCCACCUUCUUUUUAUAAUCUAAUCCAUCAUACAUUUUGCUUCUCUGUAGUAAGGAGACUAUUAAUUAUGUUUUUUCCUAAAUUAAAAUACAUAACCGACUGGGACUGAAACCAUUUUUCUGUUUGCAUAUCAGGUUGAUAAGAUAGAAACACUGACGCACUUACCGUGUCCAGUGCAACGAAGGAAGAGGUUUUAAUGGCCAAUACCAUAGCAGGCCAAAGCUCUUUGAAGGUAUCAUUCUGGACAUCAAUAACGGGAACAACCAGAGAGGAAGCCAUGUUUAUCCCAAAGUAAUAGUACAGAAAGAAAACAGCUCCUGUUUGUGAAUGAAAAGCUUCCUGCAGUCACCAACGGAUACCUGGAAUAUUAGCUAUCUUACAUUACUACCAUGUAGAUGUUUCCAUUAUACACUGUUCUAUGCAGAGCCCUUGCUUGUUGCUUGAUUAUUUUAUUAUCUAUAUAUACUCGGUAUUGUUUUAGUUAAUAUAUUUGCACUUGUUCUGGUAGACGGCUAACCGCGCUUCCACCGUAAACAUUUCAACGUGCUUUUCGGGGUCCUGUGACAAAAAGCCCCUAGUAGUAGCAGUAUUACCUGAGAGAAAAUGUAAAACACUUGCCCUAAUGUAUGAAAAAUAAUAUUCAUAAUAAUAAGUAUACAUUUAUUCAUAGAAUGUUCUGUACUUGUUGGUUUAUCUUUUCUUUCUUUUUUGAAUUGUAUCUUUUCAAUAAACAUUUCAAGCAGGCGCCUGCGAUAGCUUCACAUAAACAAUACGUCACCAAACUUAACUGUCGGGGUGAAGAGCGCCAUUUUGGCUCAAACAAAGUCAGAAACAUUUUAUCCUCGAUAAGGCUUUUUAAAAGUGUAACAAACAUAUACUAUGUAAAAGCUUGAAAAACACAACUCCGGUUUCCAAGAGUUAACGUUUAAUGCUUGUAUAACUUUUUUGUCAUUUUUACACCGUGUAAGUACUAAAUACAAGUGAUGAUAAACAUCCCCAGCUGAGCUUCGUUGGCAGCCAAGCUAUCUUGACGUUUGCUAUAUUUAGACCUGCUGUUUGUUUCAACCUGAGCAAUGGGUGGGUGCUCUGCUCCAAACUGCUCUAAUUCAACCAGCAUAGGAAAACAGCUGUUCAGAUUCCCCAAAGACCCUCUGCGGAAGAAGAAAUGGGUGGUGAACUGCAGACGUGACUUCGAACCCACUCCUCACUCCAGACUCUGUCAGGACCAUUUUGAGCAAACCCAGUUUGAGGAGAUAGCAAGGUCUCCGGCGGGGGGGAGGAAGCUGAAGCCCAAUGCCAUCCCCACUCUGUUCUGUUUUGGAGAGCCUCCGUACCCAGCAGUCGCUACUCCUUACAUCUUGCUGCCAAUGAAGCAUGAACCAGUGGAGAAGGAUCUGAAUUGGGGAGACCAUGGCUAUGCCAGACGCACCCCCCUACCGGGCCUUGAGGAGGAGGAUGCAGACGGGACUGCAGAGGACCAGCCGUCCUGCACACAGUGUCAGCUCCUGAAGAAGCAGCUUGAGCAGGAGGUGCAGCACACUGCGCGGCUACAGAAGGAGGCGGAGGAGAUGAAGAAGCGGCUAUAUCGCCUCGACCGAAUCGAGAAGGGUCUCCAGAACUUCCUGUACGAGGACCAGAUCCGCGCCCUGUCCCUCUCCAAACGCUCCCGCCGUGCUGUCUGGUCUCCGGAGACCAUCCUGAAGGCUCGGAAGAUCCGCUGCGCUGUCGGCACGAAAGGCUACGAGUACCUGAGAGAGCUGGGAUACCCUCUGCCCUCCUACAGGACUCUGUGUAACCGCCUGGAGACUAAAAUCAUGGUGACGACGGACAUGAGCUGCGAGGAGCUGGCCGAGCUGGGGCUGGGGCUCAUGGCCGCCUGCGACAGCCCCACAGAGGGCGUCGGGGACAAUGACGAGGAGGAACUCAUAGGUGUUCUGUCCUGAUCGAGGCAGUUUGCAUGACCCUGAACAAGAGAAGAAUGUGCAGAGGAUGCUGUUUCUGUAGAUGUGACUUCAAGUAGCAGAAGAUGGGCACGGUGUGCUUCAUCUAUGAAAGACUUGAGCAUCAGUUUAAAAUGCUUCCCUUCACAGAUAUUGUGACUCGUUUGUCAGUGACUGUGAUCCGCACUACUAAAACGUCUUUUUGCUCAACUGAUGUGGGAUACUGGGGCUUGCAGUUAGACGAGGGUUCAGCUUUUGGUACCGCACAGGUGCUAAGUAUGUUCAGCAUCAUGUGAGGAGAUUUUAAAUCUAGUUGCGGACUAAGAAAGGGCAUGGGAUGAGCUUAGAGCUGCAUCGAUAAAGAAAAAAUGCAGAUUUUCAGCCUCUUAAAACUGACUUCCUGCUUUUCUCUGCUUCAUAUUAUUAAAGUGAAUAUCCUUGGCUUUGAGCCUUCCAAACAAGACAUAAAGACCUUCAACUCUGAAAAGGUUGCAGGUGACCAAACCGUGGAUUGAGGAAUGUAAAUGGGGGAUUUAUUGCUAGUAAAAUAUUGCAGCUUAGAUGAUAUGAAAUUCUCUUGUCACGAUUAUGCUUGCCAAAGAAAUUGCAGAUCAUGUUAUCCCAAAAAUAGUUACAGAUCCACUAAAACAUAUUGGAAUCAGUUUAUAUUUUCUAUUAUUUAUCAAUUAUCUUGAAUGCAUCACACAUCUUUUAAAGUAAAAACAAACACUAUUAAGAACUGAAUCAUAAGGUCCUCCAAUGAUGUAUUUUAGAAAAACAGCAAGAGCCUGUUAUUUCUUACUUGAUAAGUCUUGUAUUUUCAUAAUCAGGCUCCAUUAUUCACUUCUCUUUCACAAAAACUAGCAAGACAGCUUAUUUCGGUCACUGAAUAUUUCCAGAUGUAUCACUUUCAACUUAUAGUGAAUAUUUAAUCUGCCAUAAAAUGCGAUACAAUCCCAUUUGCAAAGAGCCUGAUGAAAUGUGCUCGUCUGAUUGCUAGUGUAAAAGCCUGCUAUUAUUCAGGAUACUCAAAUGUAAUGAGAGCAGAAGAACUAUACUCUGGAUUAUAGAGUAAUGACUAAAGGGUGUACAUAUCUCGCACUACAAACUGCUUCCUGCACAUUAUCUAAGCUUUACUUUCCAAAAGUAUGUAUCAUUUGAUGUCCUGUACAUAAACCGUGAAACAUAACAGGGAUCGACUCGAUCGCAAGGAAGACAUUUUGCAUUCGAACAAUCAGCGGGGUUUGGUUUCAUACUAUGCUGUUUAAUUUCAUUUCUUCGUACAAGUACUGUGAACAGAAUAAGGGUUGAUAUCCUUAACUCGUGUAACCUAUUUUGAUCACAUUUACAAAACACCGUUCCACAUGGAACAAACCAUGGAUGUUUUUCAGUUAUUUCAUUUAGAGCCUUAGAGGUACGUAUCGUCAAGAGGAAAUAAACGUAAACCCUACUACUGCAAUUCAAUAGCUUGUAUACUUUUCUGACAUGAAGUGUUUGUGAGGACUUGCAGUGCAGUUAUAGUUACCCAAAAAAAUCGCACACCCAAAAAACAAUACUGGCGCUGUGAGAAAAUAAAGAGCUUGUAAAGAAUGA